CUUUGCCACGUUGCUUCUCCGGCCUCAUGGACCCGCCCCCUGAGCCCCCCUGGAGGGGCGGGGCGGGGCGUUCGGGAGAGUCCGGAGGCGCUCGGAAGAGCUCGGGAGCGGCUUUAAAGGCAGCGCGCAGCCCGGCGCCCGCAGGGACGGUGAGCGGUGGCGGAGGCGGCGGCGCGAUGCUCACCGACAGCCUGGUGGAGGAGUUCGAGAUCCGCGAGGAUGAGCCGUGGUACGACCAGCAGGACCUGCAGCAAGAUCUUCAUCUGGCUGCUGAACUGGGGAAGACGCUUUUGGACCGAAAUACGGAACUGGAGUCCUCUCUGCAGCAGAUGUAUUCCACCAACCAGGAGCAACUGCAGGAAAUAGAGUAUCUUACCAAGCAGGUGGAUCUUCUACGCCAAAUGAACGAUCAGCACGCCAAAGUCUACGAGCAACUGGACGUCACGGCGAGAGAACUAGAGGAUACUAAUCAAAAACUGGUGGUUGACAGCAGGGCCUCCCAGCAAAAGAUAGGAAGUCUCACGGAGACCAUUGAGAACCUCCAGACUCACAUCGAUGAACUGCAGAGGCAGGUGGAAGAGUUGAAGACCUCUGGGCAAAGCCACGUAAAUUACGAAAGACCCGAGCAGCCCAAAUCGGUCCAGAGUUUUCCAUGCCUGAAAGAACUGUACGAUCUCCGCAAGUAUUUUGUCUAUGAUCAUAUAUUUGCAGAAAAGAUUAUAUCAAUGGAUAGUCAACUAAGUCCCGUAGAAGAGGAAAACCAGAAUUUGAAGAAGGCCGUAACUCUCUUGCAAACUCAGCUCAAUGUGGAAAAAGAAAAGAGAUUGUCUAUGGAGGAAGAGUACAGUUUUCUGCUGAAGGAAAACACGGAUCUGGAGCAACGGCUGGUGGACAACCAUCUGUACCAGGCGAGAGCCGAGGAACUGGAGACGGAAGUGGCUGAAAUGAAGCAGCUCUUUAAUUCUGGAAGCCCCUGUCCGAAUAGGAUGGAGCAACUUCCCCUGGAAUCUUUUUUCAUUUCUCUCAAAGACCCCUUAGAAAAAGAACUCAGCCAUGGUCCUUGGGACGGGAUGUCCUUCAUCCUUCCUGAACUUGAAAAGAAGUCCCUCAAAAGAAGCAGCAGCGAGAGCUUGCUUAACAGCGGGGCGGGCGAGGACCUCUUCAAAGGCCACGAAGAGACCUGCAUCAGGAGGGCGGAAGCCGUCAAGCAACGGGGCGUCUCUCUACUCAAUGAGGUUGACGCCCAAUACAAUGCCUUGAAGGUCAAGUAUGAAGAACUUCUGCAAAAGUGUCAAACAGACAAAGAAUUACUAGAUCACAAGGCUGUGCAGACCUCAAAACAGCGUCCCAAAGAUGUCCGUAGUGGGUGUGUACCCCUGGAUGGGGGUCUUAGGGAGCCCGGUUCCCUGACUGCUGAUUCAGCCAACUUCUCUUCCAACGCUUCUCCUGAAUAUAAACUUCUCUUCAAGGAGAUCUUUAGUCGUAUCGAAGAAACCAAAAAGGAAAUUGAUGAACAUCGGGCAAAAUAUAAGUCUUUCUCUUCUCAGUGUCCUUAAAAAGUAUGACGGGGAUCAAAAAUAAUAAUUUUUUUUCAUGAUGUCAUUCUUUUAAUGUUUCUUAGGGAACAAGAUGUAAACUUGGCUCAGGAUUGGCGGAUUUUCCGUAAAAUGGGUUGGAUCCACUUGGUUAGUUCUACCGAGUUGGAAUCCGGUUGAUUCCGUCUCGCCCUGCACAAAGUUCUCUCCGGAGGGCGAGUCUUUGACAACCAGUUUGCAAAUUAAUUUUAUUACGCAACUCAAUUAACAAUUCUAAUUCUGCUGGGGGGAAAAAACCUGACAUGUUAUAGAAAUGAAAACCACAGUGUUAUACCACACAGCUUAUAUUACGCACAAUAACAACUCUUCUGGACUUAAGACACAUCCUGGGGUUGAAAACCAAAAUAUAGAUUUUUGUCAACCUUCCGCUGCAUUAGAAGACUAAAUAUUACAAAACAGCCUCCAUAUCAAAAGUAAGCCGAGCAAAAUAAAAAACAACAGAGUCCCCUAUUUCACUUUAACUUAAAUCCUUCCAGCGUGUUUUCAAGGAUUUGAUUUUCUGGAAAUGGUCUACCACACAGCCAACUCGAGGCCAAAUUGGGAAGGAUUUAGAGCAUCUUAAGCCACAGAGUCACCUAUUAUCACACCAGCAAAUAGGCUGUAUGUAGAAAGGGCCAAAUAUAUGCUGUGAUAAUCUUUCAUCCUUUUAAACCUCCUGCAGAAACUCGCAUCUGUUGCAAAGUCCAAUAACUCUGUAGUUUUAGAGCAAACAUUUACUAUUAUUUUUUUUUUGCCUGGGAAGAGAAGUGGAGAAUUUAAAGUCCCUUCCCUUAGUUCUGAGUUUUUAAGAAAAAUUAAAAGAGUUCAAUAGUUCUCUCAAAAUAUACGCGAAUAGGUCAGCUGCCAGCCACCGUCACAAAAGGUGACUUGUUAUUUUUUUCAAAGAAAAGGGAUCUGUUUCAUAUUGCAUUCCUAAUUUAAAAAGAAGAAUUUGAGCUGCCUGCAGGAAGAAGGAAAAAAAAACACCCCAAUUGCAGUUUUAAAAAUCUUGGCUGCUGUUACAAAUUCACCUGCCUUAUCUACCGAGGGUAGUUUGUUCUACUUCAAUUCUGCCACGUGGUGCAUUUCCAUUUACUACCAGUUUGUUUGGUCUUAUUGGGUGUUUUGCAAAUAAGGGCAAAUAAAUCCUUUCUGCAAUUAAGUUUGUGCUGCUUUCUGGUUGGGCGCAUUUUUUAAAAAAUAUUUUUAUUCGACAUUUUUCACCUUUAAAAUCACAAUUACUUUUAUAGCUUUCCAUAAUCAGAAUUUUUUCUUAAUUCCAAUUUAUCCUUCGGCUUAUUGUGUACGUAUACAUUCUUAUUUCUUAAGUACUUAUUUAUAUAAUAUAUACCGUACAAUAUAGACAUAUCUAUUACACGCUAAAUAUGUAUUUUUCAUUAUAUUAUCGUCUCUUAACAUUCACUAUACAUUAAUUGUAGACUUCUUUUCCAGCCAGUUACACCACCUAUUCCAUGUUUCAUCGUAUACUGUUUCCUCUCUUGUCCCUUAAUUCCAUCGUUAAGUUUGUUUAACAUCAUUGUGUUUGAUGGUGUGUGUUGUUCUUUCCAAUUUUGGGCAAAUGUAAUUCUGGCUGCGGUGAUUAUACGGAGCACGAGAUAUUAAAUUUCUUUAUUCAUCUUU